CGCAACUGGUGAAGCAGUGAGGAUCGCUCCUUAAACUGUGACUCUGUGUAUUUCAAAGUUUGAUCAUGUGAUGUUGGUGAUUUUGAAAAAAGAUCACUUCAUCCCAAACUUUUAUGCACGAUAUUUGUUUUUUGUCCUGAACAUUCCUGUUUCAUAAGCAAAAAAAACAGAAAACAUUCGCACUAAAACCACUUUUUAUAUAUCGUUCUGGUGUGUAAAUGUAAAUUUUGGUGAUAUCUACGUCAUACAGUAUUUUCUUGGGUUGAUUAAAAGUCCAGUGAUCGCGAAUGAGAGGAUUCAGUUGUGUCGUGUAAAGUGUCUGAAGCAGAUUAUAGUGUGUUGAGUUAAAAUGUUCGUCCGAUUUGCAUUGACGUCGCAUCAGCGACAGUACUUGGUUGGAUUUAUAGCAAACUUCGCAACGCUUAUGUAUGGGAUUUCCGUUGGGUGGGUUUCACCCACAAUUCCACUACUCCUGUCCGAGGAGGACACGCCGCUACCCAUUGGCGCCAUCACGAAGAGGCAGGCGUCUCUCAUCAGUGCGCUGCUGUAUAUUUGCGGCCUGCUCGGCUCUCUGCUCGUGGGCUGGCUGGCGGAUCGCGUGGGACGGAAGUGGGCACUGUUUCUCGGCACGAUGCCUCACGUCCUGGCUUAUCUGCUCAUCAUCUUCGCCGCUGACAUCUCCUUUCUCUAUGCCUCGCGCUGCCUAAGUGGCCUGGGCUGCGGUGGACUCUUCGUGGCGCUGCCGAUUUACGUGUCGGAAGUGUCUGAGGACAAGAUUCGUGGCGGAAUGGGUGCAAUUUUCUGCAACAUGGUAUCAAUUGGGAUUGUUGUUGGACGCGCCUUUGGCAGCUAUUUGGACUUCUAUGUGGUGCCUUAUGGAGUUCUUGGCAUCCUCGCCAUCUUCAUCGUCACUUUUCCCUUCUUUCCCGAGACGCCACAAUAUCUGUUGUUGCGCCAGAGGCCAGAAGAUGCAGAGAAGUCACUGAGAUUCCUGCGUGGUGUGACGAGGAAUCUCUCAGUGCCGAUGCCGCAGGCGGUGAAGGAUGAAUUUGAGGCACUGAAGAGUUCACCGACGCUCCUGAAUCAGAACAAGAGGAUCAAGAUUGAGGACUUGAAACCAAAGACCACCAGAAGAGCCAUCCUCAUCAGUUUGGUGCUCAUCUCUGGCCGCAGUCUGUGCGGCGUCCUGCCGCUGGACAACUAUACCGCCAGUGUUCUCAUGGAGGCGGGAUCGCACACGUGGAGUCCCAAUUUGUCGGCUCUGAUUGUGGGUGUCUUUGAGCUGAUUGGCAGCAAUUUGGCCAUCAUCUGUGUGGAUCGUGCUGGACGCAGGAAGAAUCUGCUGAUCUCCAGCGGAGGAGCGGCGAUUUCCAUUGCCAUUCUGGGCGCUGUCUUCUUCGCCAAAACGUUCUACGGCGUGGAGUCGGCGGCCAACAGUUGGCUGGCCGUCGUAUCGUUGUCCGCCUUCAUGACCCUGGCCGCCAUAGGCGUGGUGGCAAUUCCCUUCAGCGUGUCAGCUGAGGUGCUGCCGCCAAAGCUCAGGAGUCCCGUGUCCACCACCUUUAUGCUCCUCUACUGGGCAAUGACGUUCGUCAUUGUGGACUUCUUCCUCAUCUUCGGCGAGCACAACGGCAUGUACACGCCGCUGUGGAUGUGCGGCGGCUGGUGUGUGUUUGAGUUCAUUUUCGUCUACUUCAGGCUGCCCGAGACGAAGGGCAAGAGCUUUGAUCAGGUGGAAAUGGAGUUGCAGGGAAAGAGCAAGAAAGGCGUUUUACCAUCUUCCAAUCUGCUGAGCAUUCUUUUUGGCUUCGUUCUCUCGUGGACUUCGCCGGCCAUCGCUCUGCUGCAGUCAGAGGCUACGCCACUUGCCAGCGGCCCCAUCUCCACUGACGAGGUGUCUCUGAUGACAGCUCUGAUGUACGUGGGCGCCGUCAUGGGAUCCCUGGUCGCUGGGUGGCUGGCGAACGCAGUGGGCCGGAAGAGGAGCCUCUUGAUACUCGUCAUGCCUCAACUCUGUGGAUUCGGCCUCAUCGCCAUUGCCAAGAAUGCCGUCUUCCUGCACAUCUCACGAGUGUUCAGUGGCUUUGCGGCCGGAGCAUGCGUCGUUGUUUUCCCCAUCUUCAUAUCGGAAAUCGCAGAUAAGAGCUUGAGAGGAGUUGUUGGGAAUUUUCUCGGAUUUGGCUUCAACUUUGGAUGCUUGGUGGGAAAGUGCUUGACAUCUUAUGGUGGUUUCUAUGCCACACCAAUUGGCGUAUUUGUUAUUAUUGGCACUUUUGUGAUGAUAUUCAUCAAUCUUCCUGAUACGCCGCAGUAUCUUUUGCUGAAAAAUCGUGAUGCAGAGGCUGAAAAUUCACUGAAAUUUUACCGUGGUGUUGGGAAAAGUGAGGAAAUGCCAGAAAUUGUUGCUGAUGAGUUUGCCGAAUUGAAGAAUUCACCGAGUUUGAGGAGUCAGAAGAGCGCUCUCACCCUACAGGACUUCAGUAAGGAUAUGAAGCAUAGAUUGAUAAAAGUUCAAGUGAUAAAGACAUGGAUGUAUAUUUGGUAUUGCAGAAGGAGGAGAAAUCGAAUUCUCAUUUCAUACACCGAAUCCUUGCUGAGAGAUUCGGGAUCUCACAUGGACACAGCUGCCAUGGAUGUGGUGAUAACUGUUGUUCAAGUCAUGGCGGCAAUUGCGUCAAUACCAAUUGUGAAGUACGGAGGCUUUCGAAGGCCCCUGAUCGGAUUCUAUGUCAUCUCAGGACUGUCUCUCCUCAUCGCCGGCAUUCACUACAAACUCGCGGAGAAUGGCGUCGAUAUGACAAACUUUGCAUGGCUGAUUAUACCUUCGAUGGCACUUUCUGUCGCUCUGCCCGGCACUGGAAUGAAUUCAAUCUCAUUCGCUCUCCCAGCUGAGAUUUUGCCAAUCAAAAUUCGAGGCAGUAUUAUCAGUUUUAUGUUAAUUUUGUCCUGGAUUAUUGCUUUCUUAUCCAUGCAAUUCUAUUUCGAGCUGGCGAACUUCUGGGGACAUUCGCUAUGGAUGUGGAUCUUUGCCAUUUGGUGUCUAUUAGGUGUGAUUUUCACGUACGCCUUCGUGCCAGAGACAAAAGGGAAGACUUUUGAUGAAGUAGUUGAACUUCUGGCCAAUUUGAGUGGGCUAAACUACUGUUUUGCCAUUGGAUGGAUUUCCAGCACUGUCGUUCUGCUCACUUCCGACAACACGCCAAUGUCUGCGGGCCCGUUGAGCACAGCUCAAGUGUCUCUGUUCGGAUCUAUGUUGUAUUUAGGGGCAAUAGCUGGAUCGCUGAUCUUCGGCAGCUUGGCUGAUUGCAUUGGGCGGAAGUGGAGUCUCUACAUUGGCACUCUGAUGCACAUCGCGGCCUACAUUUUGAUCGCCUUGUCGGAGAAUUUCGUGACUUUGGUUAUUGCCAGAGUCCUCAAUGGGAUUGGAGUUGGAUGUUCUUUCGUUGUGAUUCCGGUGUUUGUGUCGGAAAUUUCUGAGAAGGAGAUUCGUGGCAUUUUAGGGGGCAUUUUCAAUGGAGUUCUCCACUGUGGAACACUCUUGACAAGAAUCAUUUGUGCCUAUGUUGGAUUUCACAUCACCCCUUAUAUUUUCAUUGCUUGCAACAGUGUUUUCUUGUGUGUCUUUUUAAUAAUGCACGAAACACCGCAGUAUUUGCUGCUUAAGGGGAGGGAAAGAGCUGCUGAGGAGGCUUUGAGGUUCUUCAGGGCUGUUCCGGAGGGUAAAGAAAUGCCCCAGAAGUGCAAGGAGGAGUUUGAAGAGCUUAAGAACUCUCCGACGCUGAAAAACCAGACAGAGAGUUUAUCCUGGGAUGACUUUAAACCGAAAUCCUCGUGGAAGGCUCUGAUCGUGUGCACUGUUCUCUAUGCUGGCAAGUUCCUCAGUGGAAUUCAAGUGAUUGUGGCUUAUUUGGGCGUUAUAUUCACUCGAAUGAACUUCACCAUGAAUCCUGAAUUGGCUGCCCUCAUCGCGACACUUUUGGGCGUUCCCUCGGCCUUCGUCCUCUUCUCCGUGGUGGAAUCUUGGGGCAGGAAGGUGGUGAUGAUCGUCUCGGCUCUGUUGACGGCGGCAUUUCUGGUUCCUCUGGCGCUCUUCGCGAGAUACAACGCCAUUUGGCACGUUCAUGACUAUUGGGCGCUUGCAGUGAUCGGUGUGGUAUUAUUCGUAUCCACGCCUGGUGUGGUGUCCAUGCCUCUUCAGCUGUCAGCUGAAAUCCUGCCGCCAAAAUUGAGGAGUUGUAUUGCGUCAGCCAUGAUGAUGAUGGCCUGGCUCGGGAUGUUCACAAUUGUGCACUUCUUCCUGAUCUGGAUCGAGGAUAUUGGUCUGGAUAUUUUGAUGUGGUUCUUCAUUGGGUGGUGCAUCUUCGAAGCGCUGUUUCUAACUUUCCACAAUUGCCUUUACAACUCAUAUCAGUCUCAUUGUGAUAUUCUGACCGUGUGGAUCUCAUACUAUAUAUUCUCCACGAUAUUGCGAACAAUGUACCUUCUUCCAUUUAAGUUAAGUGGGCGUUUUUUGCAAAAUGUCGCCGCGAUCGCAAUUAAUCUGGCACAAGUUGUCACUGGAAUCACUCUGGGGUGGAGUUCGCCAAUCUUCCCGCUUCUCAUUUCGCCGGAAACACCGCUACCCGAUGGUCCGAUCACAGUGGAGGAGGCGUCGAUGAUCACGGCGAUCUUCUACAUCAGUGGCUGUGCAGGAGCCCUGGUGUUUGGGAAGUUGGGCGAUUAUAUGGGCCGAAAGUUGGCCAUCAUUCUGUCUGCUAUACCACAAAUUUGUGCCCACAUCUUAAUCAUCCUGGCAAGGAAUGGGACACAUUUAUUGAUUUCUCGAGCACUCAGUGGAAUUUCAAGCAAUGCCAUGUUCAUCACAGUGCCAAUGUUCUUGUCGGAAAUUGCGGAGACGAAGAAUCGCGGUGCGAUUGGAUCCUACAAUGGAUUGCUGAUUACUCUAGGCAUUGCUCUUGGAUAUAUAAUGGGUGCAUAUUUUCACAUGCACGUUGCAUCGAUACUGAGUUUGGCUAUUUUAGUGGUGUUUGUGGUGUGUAGCGUCUUCUUCCCGGAAUCUCCACAGUAUUUGCUGAUGAAGAAGAAGGAUGACAAGGCAUUCUUGUCGCUCAUGUUCUACAGGGGAUUUAAUGACAAGGCAAGCGUUACUGAUGAAUUUCGGAGAGAGUUUGACCAAUUGAAGGCCUCAAUUGCGAAUGUGAUGAAGAAAAGUUCACUCAAUUGCGAUGAUUUCAAUCUGAAAUCAACGAGGAAAGCGAUUCUUAUAUGCUUCAUCAUGUAUUUGGGGCGGAAUUUCUCGGGCCUCUUCCAGAUGGAGAACUUCGCUGGGAUAGUUUUGGAUGAGGCGGGCGCCGGAAUUGGUGGAAAUGCGUCCGCAAUUGCGUCAGCGGUGUUUGUCCAUCUUCUGUCAUACGUGUCCAUGAUGCUGAUUGAGAGAGCAGGUCGUCGGUGGCUUAUGCUGGUGUCCAGCAUGGGAGCGGGCAUUUGUCUGGUGAUUCUCAACACGAUGGUCAUGCUGAAUGAUGCUGAAGUGAACAUCUCUGCGGUCAGCUGGAUCCCGACGCUCGCCUAUGCCGGAUACAAUGCCAUUGCGACGUAUGGAAUCAUCGUUGUUCCAGUCAUUAUUGCCACUGAGAUUCUGCCCAUCAAGAUCAGAUCGCUGAUUUUGCUCUGUCUGCUCAUCAUGUCCAAUGUCCUGACCACAAUUAGUGUGUACUUCUUUAUGCCACUGGCGGAAAUACUGGGAUUUCACUCAAACCUCUGGAUAUUCGCCGGAUCGUGUUUUAUCUUAUUUUUGCUCCUCUGGUUUAUCCUGCCAGAAACGAAAGCAAAGACUUACGAUGAAAUUGUAAAACUUCUAGAGUAAUAUUGAAUUAUGAAAAAUAAAACAUAAUUAAAUAGACAAUCUAAUAUGCUGAAAUUGAUUAAGAAAAAGUGUGCAAUUUGAAAAUAUUAAAUUUAUCAUUUUAACCCUUUUAACCUGACGAAACAGAAAAGCAUUUAUUUUAUAAUUGCGGAAAAUAAUGAGAAGAAUCUGUCUCUAAAAUGUCUCUUUUGUGUAGUAUAAACAAAGCUUUUCACCUUGAAAAUAAUGUCAUAAAGCUUCUUAUAAAUGAUUUUAUACCAUUCGUGCGUCAUAAUAUUCAGAAAUAUUGUAAGAACUAUGCGAAAUGUGUACUAUAUUCCAUAUGUUUAAAGAGAAGAAUCUAUCGAAUGCAAUACAGUUGCAAAAUUUCAAUACACUUUCUCUCCUUUACCUUUGACU